GGAACCAAUAAACGCACAAAAACGACUUCAAUGAAGCUGUAGUGUACUGCAUUUUAACAAUGGCGGGUAUACGAGCAGGAUCCAAACUAUCUGUAUCUGCUGGAAGAGUUGAGCUCUUUGCUGGCAUUGAUUUGCCACACUUUCUCUGUCCAGCCUUGCUCUCAAGCACCCGGUCCCUUACCCGAUUUAAGGCGUCUUCUCGCGCUCUGCAGACGCCCUCGCAGCGAUCACAAACACGAUGCCUCUCUAUACUACCCCGGGCGGCAGCAGUUAAAGAUUAUUCACGCUUUGAAAACCGCGUCCCCGAAUUACCACAACGAUGCGCCGGGUGCGGGUCGUUUUCCCAAACCUCCGAUGCCACUGCACCCGGUUUCUACACCUUGACAAGGAGAUCAGUGGAGGCCUACCUGCAAGGAGAAGCGAAAGGCCUUGCCAAAGGCCAAUCUGUGGACGCCCAUGCGCUCGAAUCUGCAUUGGGCCGAGUUGAUGGGACUGUUCUCGACUCACUGAAGACCCAGGCAGUUGUCCCAGCACAAAAUAUCGCAGAUCCUGUCUGUGAUCGCUGCCACAAACUCAAACAUCACCACUCGGGACAAUCUAUACAGCAUCCGUCCAUCCAAUCGAUCCAAGACACGAUAUUAGAGUCACCUCAUAAAUAUAACCACAUAUACCAUGUGGUUGACGCGGCAGACUUCCCGAUGUCCUUGGUACCUGGGUUAUAUCAACUACUUCAUUUAACACCUCAACGAUCCAUGAAUCGGCGUUCGAAAACAGGCCGAUUUUACCAUGGCAAGAAGACUGAAAUAAGCUUCAUUAUUACUCGCUCGGAUCUCCUAGCCCCUGUUAAGGCUCAAGUCGAUUCGUUGAUGCCACGCUUGGUUGAAAUAUUGAGGGAUGCCCUUGGGUCAUUGGGGAAAGAUGUCCGACUUGGAAACGUGAGGUGUGUUAGCGCACGUAGAGAUUGGUGGACGAAAGACUUGAAAGAGGAUAUCUGGGAACGGGGUGGCGGGGGUUGGAUGGUUGGAAAGGUGAACGUCGGCAAGAGCAGUCUUUUUGCGAGUGUCUUUCCUAAAGGGAGGCGCGGGGCUGCUCACCAAGUCCCAUCAUUUUCGACGCCGACCUCGAAGCCUAUCAUGGAUACCGCGUUGGGAAAAUACGACAGCUCCCUUGGAGUCACGGGAUUGCUGGACCCCCUGACCCUUCUUCCUCCAGCUGUAGAGGAGGUCGAUUAUCCUGCCAUGCCUUUGGUCCACCCAUUGCCGGGUACAACGGCUUCUCCUAUCCGGGUUCCUUUUGGCGGAGGGAAAGGCGAGUUAAUAGAUCUUCCUGGCCUCGCCCGUGGCGACCUUGAAUUGCAUGUUCAAGAACCUCAUCGACUGUCCUUGGUAAUGCGAUCUCGAGUGGUUCCAGAGCAGCAGGUCAUUAAGCCUGGCCAGUCUCUUCUACUUGGCGGUUUUAUUCGCAUUACUCCGGUUGGCCCAGAAUGCACAAUUCUUGGUUAUGCGUUCACACCAAUAUCAUCACACCUAACAAGUACGGAGAAGGCUAUCGGAAUUCAAACGCAGUCGCUAGAGACAGGGGUUGAGAAUAUUUCUGUUACCGGGACUGGCGAAAAGAUCAAAUCUGCGGGUACGUUCCAACUCAAAUGGGAUGUAACGAAGCAACGGUCUGGGCCUAUUACCGCAUCAGAUGCAGCGGGUAUCACGGCUGAUAGGCUGCCGUAUUGUAUAUUAUCUACGGAUAUUCUCAUUGAAGGUUGCGGAUGGGUGGAGCUUGUAUGCCAGGUGCGCAAAAGGCAAUUAGAGCCUUCCGGCGUACUGGGUGGAAAUGGGAAUGACGACAGCAACAGCCUCGAACAAGCCUCUGCCAAUGUUAACUGGCCUGAAGUAGAAGUUUUCAGCCCUGACGGCAAAUUUAUUGCAUCGAGGAGGCCACUAAACGGCUGGCUGAAUGGAGGGCCAAAAAAACCUAACUCCAACGUCAAAGGUCGGCCCCGGAAGAGUAUGAAGGGUGCGAAAAAGAGGAUGAAGACUGCCAUGAGGGAGGCAAGCCGCUAGUCAUAGAGGGGU